UGUUGCCAUGACAAGCAUUUUCUUAAGACAGCUCUGCCGUUGAGACCGUCUUAGGCUGGGGGUGGGGUGGGGGCACGAACUUCCUGGAGGAGCAUCCCUCUGAAGACAGCGAGGUCUGACACCCGCCCAGCUCGCUGCACCCAUUUUCUUCCAGGAAGGUCCUCCGCAGUGGAAGGGCUGGGGAAAAAGACCCGGUCCUUUCCCCCAGCUGUGGCAGAAAGGCCAGAGCGCGAAGCCAGCUUCGCUAGGUGGUUGCCACACUGGGGAGUGAAGCGGGUGGUCACCCACCCUACUCGGUCCGUGGAAACGCGGAGGGAGAGUGCAGCUCCGAGACACCUGGAUCUUUGCUAGAAAGAGAGAGACCUAGCUGUCAUCAUUAUCCAGGGAGCCCUCCUCUUUCUCCUGACGCUGCUGCUCUAUCAUCAAGAUUGCUGGUUGUUGCUAAGGUUGCCUCCAUGGUAACAUACUUAUCCUGUUUACACUUCUAUAUGGACAAGUAGUCUAAGCUAGGAACCUACCUACUCUGCACAACUAUUUCCAUCACCACCCAGAGGACACCAAUCGUCGUGACACCAAGUCCGUCUUCUACUAGGUUCCCCCAACCUCUUCCUCCUCUCACAAGUAGACUUGAUAUAGAAAAAAGGAUCUAGGCUUGGUGUUACUACUCUGAAGCGUAUUGCACAAGAUAUUGUCAAUUUAUCCCCUAACUGCGCCCCCAGAGAAGAAAGAAGGGGAAGAAACGGGAAGAGAAGGCAAGAGACACUCAUCAGUUGGAGGGAAACUCUACAUCUUCUUUGGUUGAGAGUCUGGUAACUGCAGGCAAAAUGACGAACCCAUCAGGACAUAGCUUGCCAGCCAACUCAGUAGCUGAGAGCAAUGAAGGGGAGUUUGGCUGCACACUGAUGGACAUGAGGAAGCUCAUGGAGCUCCGUGCAGCUGAUGCAGUGACCCAGAUCAAUACCCACUAUGGAGGUGUACAGGAUAUCUGCACUAGACUGAAAACCUCCCCGACAGAAGGUCUAUCUGGAAACCCUAUAGAUCUGGAGAGACGUAAACUUAUUUUUGGAAAGAAUGUGAUACCUCCGAAAAGGUCCAAGACUUUCUUAGAAUUAGUGUGGGAAGCCCUGCAGGAUGUCACUCUCAUCAUCUUGGAGAUUGCAGCCAUCAUCUCCCUGGUCCUGUCCUUCUAUCGACCUCCCGGUGGAGAUAAUGAAAUCUGUGGUCACGUUUCAAUUAACCCAGAAGACGAGAAGGAAGCAGAAACCGGCUGGAUUGAGGGAGCAGCCAUUCUUGCCUCGGUGGUCAUUGUGGUAUUAGUGACAGCCUUCAAUGACUGGAGCAAAGAGAAGCAGUUCCGGGGACUGCAGAGUCGCAUUGAACUCGAGCAAAAGUUCUCUGUUAUCCGGAAUGGGCAGAUCAUCCAACUCCCAGUAGCUGAGAUUGUGGUAGGAGAUAUCGCCCAGGUCAAAUACGGUGACCUGCUGCCUGCAGAUGGGAUUCUAAUCCAGGGGAAUGAUCUGAAAAUUGACGAGAGCACUCUGACAGGAGAAUCAGAUCAUGUCAAGAAGACUCUGGAGAAAGACCCCAUGUUGCUAUCAGGGACUCAUGUGAUGGAAGGCUCUGGCCGGAUGGUGGUGACUGCUGUGGGGAUCAACUCCCAGACUGGAAUCAUCUUCACCCUGCUGGGGACUGGCGAGGAAGCUGAGGAGGAGAAGAGGAAGAAAGGUAAAAAACAAGGAGUAUCUGAAAAUCGCAACAAAGCAAAGACCCAGGAUGGAGUGGCCUUGGAAAUCCAGCCACUCAACAGCCAGGAAGCUCUUGACAGUGAGGAAAAGGAGAAGAGAGUAACCAAGGCACCUAAGAAGGAGAAGUCGGUGCUACAGGGAAAGCUCACACGUCUGGCCGUGCAGAUCGGGAAGGCAGGUCUGAUCAUGUCUGCCAUCACAGUUAUCAUCUUGAUUCUGUACUUUGUGAUUGACAAUUUCGUGAUACAACACAAAGAAUGGCUCCCUGAGUGCACUCCUGUCUACAUCCAGUAUUUUGUGAAGUUCUUUAUCAUCGGCGUCACUGUAUUGGUGGUGGCUGUGCCAGAGGGGCUACCACUGGCUGUCACUAUCUCACUGGCCUACUCUGUGAAGAAAAUGAUGAAGGACAAUAACUUGGUACGGCACUUGGAUGCUUGCGAGACAAUGGGCAAUGCCACGGCCAUUUGCUCUGAUAAGACAGGCACGCUGACCAUGAACCGCAUGACAGUGGUACAAACUUACAUUGGGAACACUCAUUACCACGAGAUCCCAAGCCCUGAUGUCCUCCCACCCAAUGUUCUGGACCUCAUAGUCAACGGCAUUUCUAUCAACAGUGCUUACACUUCUAAGAUUCUGCCUCCAGAAAAGGAGGGAGGCCUACCCCGGCAAGUAGGCAACAAGACAGAGUGUGCUCUGCUGGGCCUUGUCACAGAUCUGAAGCAGGACUACCAGGAAAUUCGCAAAGAGGUGCCUGAGGAGAAGUUCUUCAAGGUGUACACCUUCAACUCGGUGCGCAAGUCCAUGAGCACCGUCAUCAGGAGAUCUGAAGGGGGCUUCCGCAUGUUCAGCAAGGGAGCCUCGGAGAUAAUACUGCGCAAAUGUAAUCGGAUUCUGGACAAGGGAGGAAAAGCCAUACCAUUCAAAAAUAAGGACCGAGACAAUAUGAUACACAAUGUCAUUGAGCCCAUGGCCAGUGACGGACUCCGAACUAUCUGCAUAGCUUACCGGGAUUUUGAUGAUGAUGCAGAGCCCACGUGGGAUAAUGAGGCUGAAGUCCUCACUGAGCUGACCUGCAUUACAGUGGUGGGCAUUGAGGACCCUGUGCGCCCAGAGGUACCAGAUGCAAUUGCCAAGUGCAAACAGGCUGGCAUUACUGUCAGAAUGGUGACAGGUGAUAACGUCAACACAGCACGGGCCAUCGCCACCAAAUGUGGCAUUCUGACCCCUGGAGAUGACUUCUUGUGCUUAGAAGGCAAAGAAUUUAAUAGGCUUAUCCGCAAUGAGAAGGGCGAGGUUGAACAAGAAAAGCUGGACAAGGUCUGGCCCAGGCUUCGGGUACUGGCACGGUCUUCUCCCACGGACAAGCACACGCUGGUGAAAGGUAUCAUUGACAGCACUAUUGGGGAGCAUCGGCAGGUGGUGGCUGUCACUGGUGAUGGAACAAAUGAUGGACCCGCCCUAAAGAAAGCAGACGUCGGUUUUGCCAUGGGCAUUGCAGGCACAGAUGUGGCUAAGGAGGCGUCAGACAUCAUCCUGACUGACGACAACUUCACCAGCAUUGUGAAGGCAGUGAUGUGGGGACGAAAUGUAUAUGACAGCAUCUCCAAGUUUCUGCAGUUCCAGCUCACCGUCAAUGUGGUGGCCGUUAUAGUGGCCUUCACUGGAGCCUGUAUCACUCAGGAUUCCCCACUGAAAGCGGUGCAGAUGUUGUGGGUUAACCUGAUCAUGGACACAUUUGCCUCCCUGGCCCUGGCCACAGAGCCCCCAACCGAUUCUCUGCUGAAGCGUCGCCCCUAUGGACGAAACAAGCCUCUGAUCUCGCGCACUAUGAUGAAGAACAUCUUGGGCCAUGCAGUGUAUCAGCUCACAGUCAUCUUCCUCCUUGUCUUUGCUGGUGAGAAGCUGUUUGACAUCGACAGUGGACGGAAGGCGCCUCUCCACUCACCGCCCAGCCAGCAUUAUACCAUUGUUUUCAAUACCUUUGUGCUCAUGCAGCUCUUCAACGAAAUCAACUCCCGGAAGAUCCACAGCGAGAAGAACGUCUUUGCAGGCAUCCACCACAACAUCAUCUUCUGCACUGUGGUGUUAGGCACCUUCUUCUGCCAGAUUUUGAUCGUGGAGUUAGGGGGUAAGCCCUUCAGCUGUACCAGCCUCAGCCUGGAACAGUGGUUGUGGUGUAUCUUCAUAGGGAUUGGAGAACUUUUGUGGGGCCAGGUCAUCUCUGCAAUACCCACCAAUUCUCUGAAGUUCCUGAAGGAGGCUGGGCAUGGCACUAUCAAGGAGGAGUUCCAAGAGGGACAGGAAGAGAUUGAUCUUGCUGAGAUGGAGCUGCGCCGAGGCCAGGUCCUCUGGUUCCGUGGUCUAAACCGGAUUCAGACUCAGAUUGAAGUAAUUAACACAUUCCAGACGGGAGCUUCUUUUAAGGGAGUCCUAAAGCGACAGAACAUGAACCAACACCUUGAUGUAAAGCUGGCUCCUAGCUCCUAUUCAGAAGCAAUCAAAGUGGUCAAAAUGUUCCAUAAUGUCCAAGACGCCAUUCAAAAUUCCAACAACCAAAGCUCCAUCCACAGUUUCAUGACCUCGCCUGAAUAUACUGCAGAAGAGGAAUAUCCACAGACAUUAAUAGGUGAUAAAGAAGAUAAUAUAUCAACUACUAAGGAGGAGACUAGGGUGCUCCUGUUGGAUGGUGAGGCUGCUCCUCAAGACAACACAAACAAUGCCGUGGAUUGCAACCAAAAGCAAAUCAUUGCCUCCCAUUCUGGCAGCCCUCUCCAAAGCCUGGAGACAUCAGUUUGAACUUCUGUUCUCUAAUUCCCGUCCCUGCUUUCCCUGUUUCUUUUCUCUUCUGUCCCAUCUAUAAGGUAAUGAUGGGACUUGUCACUGUUAUAUCAGCUGCACCUAAGUGUGUGAGAACCCCCACCUGACCAUGAAGAAGCAAGAGCAGAGACCUACAAGGAUUCAAACCCUGGGCAGGUAAUGGUAGAUCUCCUCCUUAGGUAUACCAGUUGUCAUUUUUAAAGAAACGAUGACAUCCUUGGCAUCACCCAACCCAAAGAUUCCCACAUGUGUCACCACCUCCUGACUCGGAGAUUUUAUUCUCUGAGUUUCUGCCAUUUACAAGCUAAGUUGUGGGCUCAGGGAGAGACAAAUACCCUGUGUUUAUGUUUCAGUAGAGUGAUUAUUCUCAAAACAUUUUUUUUUCUAUUUUGAAAAUGUAUGCUCUAAGGCCUCAAGCUCUUCCUGCCCUUCAGUCUGACCUCUCCAAGGUUCUCUGGAUCUUAGAUUCUCUAUGACCCUUAUCAUCUUUCCUUUUAUUCUUUUUUUUUUAAACUGUAGUAAUUACAAGAAUGGAAAGGACAUGGACAUGUUGAGUCAACUGUGGCCCUUCUGGCCCCAAGAGAACCUUUCAUUUUGUUCUAGAGGCUGGCAGAUUUCUUGGCUAAAAUGGUCUUUUUGGAGCAAAUGAGAUGGUGAAGUAUUUCCCUGUUGUUACCAGAUCAGCUCCGACUUCUGAAUGUCAAUCUUCUUGGGUGCAUAGGGUUUUUUAAGUGCCAGGGAAAUCAGCCAUGACCGUGAAGCUUGCAUAUGUGUAAUAUACAGUUUUUACCAUAAGCCUGAGCUUCUUCCUUAUAGAGUGGUAGCAAGAGAAUGAAUGGGGCACGAUCCUGCCUUCUAGCUAGAUGAAGAGUUUCAGGACCAAUAUGGGGCAGGCCUAGGACCAGAAAUCAAGAAGCAGACUAUUUUCAAGGGCAUUUGCCAAGGUUCUUUCAGGGCAGAAACUACUGUUGGGGGAAUGAGUGUUACAAAUCCUUGGGAGGGGCUAAAGAGCCAAUCCUUCCCGGGUCUAAGAAAAUCUCCCUGCAGGCUAGAUGCCUGGGUACCAGCUUUGCCAUUCUCUUCACUUUCCUUAUUCUAUGCUUUGUUUUGCUUUCCAUCGCUAAGGAGGUCCCUAACUUUUGCAAAUACUUCAAUGUUGAAAAAGCAUAGCCAAAAGAAGAUACUUUCUGACAGUGCCCAGAUUCAAGGUGCAAAAGGCCCUCCCUGGAAAGCUCUCUGCCCCCUCUCCUGGCUUUCACACACCCUCUUCCAGCUUUCAGCAGCCUGCUCCAUGGCAGCCUGGGAAAGCCCGUGCCUUUCUACCCUGAACACUGCCCAGAGCAUCCUCUGCCCACCUUCCUCUCAAGAGCUGGAAAGUUCACCAAAAGGGACUUCGCCUUACUGGGACAAGGUGGAGGCACAUUCCCAGGUGCUCCGUUUGUAUCCCUGCUGUGCUGAUUUAAGCAUUUUUGUGCAGGUGGAUUCAUGUCCCUUAGUCCCGUCUCCCAUUAGGUCAGUGAAGCCUGCCUCCCUCUUUCUAGGGGGAUGGGAAUAAGAGAGGGUGCAUGAGGCUCAUGAGAACUGACAGGUUUCCACUUGGGAGAGAAAGGCAAGAUGGACUUGUCCACUCUUAGCCUUUUCUUCUACAGAUCUUCUUUCCCCACUUGUCACCCAAGCUGCCCAGAUAGCAUGAGUGAAGAAACAGUCGCCAUUCCACUCUCAUUCCAGCGUAACCCAUCGUUAUAGGAAGUAGGGAAAAGGUUUAAGUUGGAUUUUGUAAAAUUACACACUUCAGCAAUCAUCUUGUGGAGGAAAAAGCAUCUCACUUGAGGUGUUAGUUAUCUAAAAAUGUAUAUUUAAGUACUUUAGAAGAUUUGAUUACCUCAGAUAAUUUUUUAAAAGCAAGCCAAUAACCAGCUUCGAGGGCCAUUUCACCAUCCUUGCUUCCAAGGAUCUUGUGGUGCCUGGCAGGCUACUCCGAGUGCUUAUGUCUACUUUUUCAAAGUCAACAGGUUUUUGUGUGUGUGCAUGUUCUAGUUUCCAUAGUAAGAGAGAAAAUAGGGAAAUAUUAUGCAAAAAAACUAUAGUUUUCUUUAGAUCAGAAACUGAUAUUUUUGAGUCAUAUAUAUAUGUUGUUGAAGGAAUUUCAAAUAAAGUGCUGUCAUGUAACACUGUGGAAGGGAGCACACAACCAGCUGUUUGACAUGACAGGUGACUCAGUAUAUUUGUAAUUGGUUUAAAAAAAAAAAAACUAUAACAUACUUCCUUUCUCCGAGCAGCCAUCUUUAUAUUUAGGGAAAAAAAAUUGUUGGGUUCUAGACUUUUUUAAUAUGAACUUUGUUGAUAUGGAAUUGAAUGAGUUCAAGUGUUUCUGUGCAUAUGUUUUUAUAUGUUUUUUUCUAUUCGGUUUCAGUGAUCCAGGUAGCAGUGAGUAAAUAUAACAUAAGUUAAUAACACUUUCCCCUAAAUGGUGCUUCGGAUUUGAAAGAGGUCUGAUGGGGAGAAAGAGACUAUAUCCUAGAGCCCUUGUUUGAUAAACCUAGAAAAAAACGGGUAAGAACCUGCAGGUAGCAAAGGAAACACCUACAAAGAGGCUUCUCAGCUGUCAGGACAUGGGUGUAUGCUGCCAUGGAGAGAAAGUGCCAGGCUUGUUGGUAACCAGGCUUGAGGAUCAGUUGGGUUUCUGUCUCUUGAGGAAUUAGAUGGCAGAAUGGUAUGACAGUCUGGUCCCUCCUGGUUGUCAAGGCUACUCUGAUAUGGAGUUUUCAUUUCUUUAUUUUUCUUUCACUUCCUCUUUCCCCUGGAGUGACCCCAUCAGUGAGUUUCUGUGUAUAGAUCUGAGUUGUGACAUCCUUCUGUUUCAUAUGAUACAGCAGACUGGAGACAGAGCUCCAAAUUGGAAAAGAUAAAUACGACAAUGGCUACUUGCAGCUCUGUCUGACGGUCUCAGGCUAGGUCCUUCUCAACCGUCCUUCGCUGUCUUUAACAUACUAUCCUCAUCCCAAAAGACUUAAGAGAGACCAGCUAGGCUCCCUUUGGGCACUCAUGGAUUCCUCGGGUUUAGAUUUCUUUUUGCCUUCAGGCUUUAGGGGAGAGUUGCACAGCUCAAUGACAGUGACUACCUCACUGCCGAAAACCCAGAGGGGCACUGGAACUUGAGCGUGCCAGAAUCCUCUCCUGUACCCUUCCCUUCCCUCCCCCCGCCUUACAAUUGAGGAUACAUGUGGUACCGUCCCCAUCUGCACACCCGAUGCCCUUCUGCGUCCAGGACCCGCCCCGUGGCACUGGGGGAAUGGGCACUUACAAUGCCUACUGUUCUAAAGCCAUUCCAGCCUCCUCCUCAGAAUAGACCAGACACCCACCCUCCCUCCCUUCCGUUUAGCUCAGAGCCAGAACUUUUGCCUUCCCAGCUCUGCAGUUAGGCCUGCUGUCCCCUUUCUUCUUGGUUGGGAGAGGUGACAGGAGAUGAGCUCCCUGCAACUGAAUCAGCCUUUGGUUCAUGUUUUCUCCCCGUAUGUAUAUAUGCCAUAUGUAAAUAUGCCAUAUAUGUGCCAACAAAUUGAUCUACGCCAUCUUUUCUAGUCGGCAUGCAGAUAGGAAUUUUGAGUUUCUUCUCAUUAACUAGUAUAAUGAGCACUGGUAUUUUUGUACAAAAGAAAAAGGAAAAAAAAAACCCAGAAAAUUGACUUUUGUGGUCUGCAUGACAGACAUGAGAUAUCAAAGCAAUGUAUAUCCCAGCGUGUGUUGCUAUAGUUUGCAGUUCAGCUUAACAGUGCACCCAAUCUGUAUUUGCAUUUGAUAUUAUUUAAGCUCUGUGUAUAAUGUUUUGCAUGUAUUUAUGUGGUUCUUGGGAGGGGGGAAGCUAUAAACUGACAAAUCUGUACUGCAAAUGUGUUAUCCCAUUGACACAGGAUGAAAAGGAGUUUUAAAGGGGGUAAUUUUUUUGGAACCAAUAAAGCUUUUUGCUGAUGAACAGAAACCAAUGCCAUGCACUGAGAAUAAAAACCCGUGCCCAC